CGGGACAGCCCGGGGCCCGCCGCGCGCCGCCGCGUGUGAACAGGGCCAGGCCGCGGGCAUCCGUGGAGCCGCCGGUCUGUGGGGCGGUAUGCACCACCAUGCCUGGCUCGUCUAGUCUUCCGACUGAACUCGCCGUGUGGACGUUUUCUCAGACUCGGCCUUUGUCCCACAGCACUAUUAUAUGAGACUACAGUGAGUGCUACAGCUGAGAGCAGACCUCCCUCCCAUCGGUCCCAGGCUGACUGUGUUGCAGGUUGCCGCUGAUGAGAAGCAUGUUCAGCAUCAACCCCCUGGAGAACCUGAAGCUGUACAUCAGCAGCCGGCCACCGCUAGUGGUUUUUAUGAUCAGUGUCAGCGCCAUGGCCAUCGCCUUCCUCACCCUGGGCUAUUUCUUCAAGAUCAAGGAGAUUAAGUCCCCAGAAAUGGCUGAGGAUUGGAAUACUUUCCUGCUCCGGUUUAAUGAUUUGGACUUGUGUGUAUCAGAAAACGAGACACUGAAGCAUCUCUCUAACGAUACCACCACACCUGAGAGCACCAUGACCAUUGGGCAGGCCAGAUCAUCCACACAGCCGCCCCAGUCCCUGGAGGAGUCAGGCCCCAUCAAUAUUUCAGUGGCCAUUACCUUGACCUUGGACCCUCUCAAGCCAUUUGGAGGGUACUCUCGAAAUGUUACACACCUGUACUCCACCAUCCUUGGACAUCAGAUUGGAUUGUCAGGUAGGGAAGCUCAUGAGGAGAUCAACAUCACCUUCACUCUGCCUGCUGCCUGGAACGCCGAUGACUGUGCCCUUCAUGGCCACUGUGAGCAGGUGGUGUUCACAGCAUGCAUGACCCUCACAGCUGCCCCUGGAGUCUUCCCUGUCACCGUUCAGCCACCUCACUGUGUCCCCGACACAUACAGCAAUGCCACACUCUGGUACAAGAUCUUCACAACUGCCAGAGAUGCCAACACAAAAUAUGCUCAAGACUACAAUCCACUCUGGUGUUACAAGGGCGCCAUCGGGAAAGUCUACCAUGCUUUAAACCCCAAACUCACCGUCAUUGUUCCAGAUGACGACCGCUCAUUAAUAAACCUGCAUCUCAUGCACACCAGUUACUUCCUGUUCGUGAUGGUGAUAACGAUGUUCUGCUAUGCGGUUAUCAAAGGCAGACCUAGCAAACUGCGGCAGAGCAAUCCUGAAUACUGCCCUGAGAAGGUGGCUUUGGCUGAUGCCUAAUCCCACUGCUCCCCAUUUUCUGAGAGACCAAGAACCAUGAUCAUUGCCUGCUGAAUCGGCCAGGGCCUGGCCACUCUGUGAAUACACGAUCUUGCAAUGUUGGGUUAAUCCAGCCAAAGACAUUUCAAGUGCCUGUAACUGAUUUGUACAUAUUUAUAAACAUUGAUCUGGAAAUUGGUCCUGUGAUGCACGUGCUUUGCCCUGGAUGCAGCCUGAACUCGUCACCCUCUUUGAGGGGCAGGAGGGCAUGGAAUGGACAUGGGCUUCUUCCAUGUAGUGCCAGGGGGAUGUGGGGAUCUUGCCAGAGCCGAGCAGGUUGUGUUCCAGUACCAGUGGGGCCGAGGUUUGCUGUGGUUCUUGUUUCAGGCUGGUGUGUUGAGUUGUUGGAAGCUGUUUUCACCUUUGUCAGGACACUGCAUUUCAGAAGCCACUCUUCCCUCCUGUGGCUCUUACAUGUCUGUGGCUCAAUGACCAUAUAGUGACAGCAGUAAUUCCUUCUGUUUGCUAGCAAGGAAACUUUGUUUUAAAGAGAAAAGAAAAGUUACAAUUUACUAUUCCCCUGGUUAGGACAAGUGUGCUUGUCUCUCCUAGGUGAGAGGUCUCACACCCCAGUCAUUUCUGUAGUGAAGAUCAGCGUUCCAUUUCUACCCCAGCAGCUAGGAACCAGAGUGCUCUGCUCCUGUGUGCUCCUGAUAGAGAAGUUUCUAGCUGGAGAAGUAGCUGUGUAAUGCUGUGCAGGCCGACUAACUUCACCAGGCAGAAGAGAUGGUGGGUUGCUCUAAUGCUCACAAUCAGGGCUUGCUCUUUUUUUUUUUUUUUUUUUUAAAGAAAGGGAGAUACAUUUUCUUUUUAAUUUUUUUUUUCAUUCAUUUUUGUACAUCACACAUCUCCAGAAGGAGAAUGACCAUUAUAGGUAUGGAAUGUGAAACCGAUGCUGGAGAGAUCUGAAGGAAGAAGGCAUCAUGCUCUGAUGGCUUGCUAGUCAAAACCGGAAGCAUUUUCCUUAGGCUGGUUGUGACCCUCUGGUUCCUCUGUCCCAUUGCCCUCUCAUAUUCCAUUUAGAAAAAUCAUUCACGAUCCCUUCCGCCUGGUACUUGUAUUUUCAAUGUUUUUCUAUCAACACCUUGCCUUAACAAUCCCCAUGCAGUGUUCUCUCAAGCAGUGUUCUAGACUUGUUGGGUGUGAGGAUGAAUGCAUGUAAGAGCAGCCCUCUGGAGGCUGAGGCUGGAGAAUCUCAAGUUCAGGGCCAGCCUGGGCCACAUACUGAUCCCCUAUCUCUCAAAGGAAAAAAAAAACCUAGGUAUGUCAGUCAGUACUUUUGUCCCAUAACUGUAGAUCUGUCUCAAUUGGAGUUAACUUGCUAUAUUCUGAAACUUAACUGGCCUAGAGAAUUUUAUCCCAGGCAUUCUUAGAUGGAAAACAAUACUUUUGGUUUUUGUUUUGAAUUGAAGCUUGUUAAAAUAAUCAUUGUAGUUACGUGAUGAUGCACUAGUAUUUCUUAAAGCAGAGGUGAGUUGCUUAUAAGGUGGCUGAUAUUUGAAUUUAAUUUAGUCUUUUCUGAGACUUUGAGACCCUUGUUGGGCAGGAUGGAGAGAGUCCCCAUGGCUUGCCUGGUAUAAAUGUGUCAUUGGAACCGUCAAGCUUCAGACUAAGCUGCUACUGAGGAGUAAGACCCAGUAGAGUAAGACACGAGAAGAAUCCUGUUCACUGCUGUGUCAGCUGUGUUCCUCUUAGUCAUCCUUGUGUUAAUGACAGGCAGUGGCUGGGAACUGUAGAGGGUGGAAAGGAGGAACACCACAAGACCUGGGGAAAGGAAGUCCCCAAAAUGCUUGGGACAUCCUGAGGCCAGAUACAUACUUUAAAACCCAAAUAUUCACCAUAGCAGGUAGACGGAUGGAGGAUGGCUGGGGAAGGAGGUUGUGGGCUGAAGUUUAGGGGACUACAGACACAUCUGGGCCUGGUCCUCAGCUGCUCCUUGCUGGUAAACCUCAGAAAUGGAAUGUCAGAGUGGGCCACUAGAGACCUCUGACCCCAGCGGCACUGGCUUGUCCUCAGGUGUGGGGGUAUAGUCAGAAGUCAGUGACUUCCUGGGAAAUGAUUGUUUCGGAUCAUAUUGAUCUCUUUCCUUUUGUCUUUCACCGUAUGGUAUGACUUGAAUCAGUUUUGAUUCUAUGUGUAAGUUCUCAUCGUUUGGAACCUGGUAUUUCUGUUGUGUUCUUGGCAGUGCAUAGGAACCCAGCCUCCUGCAUUUUGACCCUCCUGCAGGCACUGUGGGACUCGAGGGCAGCAGAUCCAUCUCCCGUCCCUUGCUGCAUGAUGGUCACUAGCUGAUCUGUGAUGGCGUCCCUCCCUCAUUGAUUUUCUGUGUUUGAAGUAUGUGCAUAUGUGCUUUACAGAAUAAAACAUCUGGAUUUA